AAUGUAUUUCUGGACAAAUGCACCUAACAUUCAACAUGGAUGUGAAAGUGUACAAUGAGGUUCAAGAUUCAACAUAUUCUCCUGUCCAAGUAGAUAAACAAAAUAAUUGCGAUUUGAACAUUUUGGGAAUUAAGAUCGGUUCUAUUAAUGGAAUGAUUCAACGCUACGCCAACAGAUAUGUGCAAGCUAAGGAAAAAUUUUAUGAACUGCGAGGAGCUAAACUAGUUGCUGAACUAGAGAAUAAGCUAGGAGUUCAACUAGGUUCCACAGUAUCGGUUAAGCUUAACAAUCCAGAUGGAACUCCUAGACUCUGUCCUGCUGGGAGAAAGAAAAGAGAUGCAUCUUGCACGAGAAAGUCUUGCCCGGAAAGUUUCACCAGAAUUGGAGAGACUGAGAUGUGUCAGAAGUUUAUGGGCUUUAACGUUCCUGAUUGUAGUGUAUUCGGAAGCAAUGCAGUUCUGCAUCAAAGGGACAUCGGCAUCAGAGAUAAAUUGAUUUAUUGGUGUUGGACUCCUAGAGUCUAAAAUUUCACGUUGUUUGACCACGUUAAGAAGCUUUUCAAGAUUCAUUGAUGUAUUUUAUUCAUUGGACUUCAUAUUAUGUGAACUAAAUUUGUUGAAAUUGUCAAAAUUUUCAUAAAUAUACUUUUUAAAUUGGU